AUGUUUCCAAAAAGAUAUUUUUCAACAACCGGGGCAAAGAGCUUGCGUCACUUAGUCUCCAUAAGUGACUUGACUACAAAGGAGUUUCAAACAUUGGUUACCAAAGCUGAGACCUUCAAACAGCUUUAUAAAAACGGUGACAGUAAAUCUUUUGUAACCAACAAUCAAAAGCUAUUAGGUAAAACAGUUGCAUUGGUGUUUUCAAAGAGAUCAACAAGAACCAGAAUUUCAUCAGAGGGUGCUGCAGCUUUCUUUGGAGCUCAACCAAUGUUUUUGGGGAAAGAUGAUAUCCAAUUAGGAGUUAACGAAUCUUUUUAUGACACAACUAAGGUAAUCUCAUCAAUGGUUUCAGCAGUAUUUGCCAGAGUUAAUUCGCAUUCCGAAAUUCAGCAAUUAGCAGAACACUCUUCAGUUCCUAUUAUCAAUUCACUUUGUGAUACUUAUCAUCCUCUUCAAGCCAUCGCUGACCUUUUAACAAUCAAGGAAUCUUUCAAAGAAACAAAGGGAUUGAAAUUAGCUUGGAUAGGUGACUCAAAUAAUGUGAUUAAUGACUUAGCAAUUGCUUCAUUGAAGUUUGGCAUAAAUGUUUCCAUUGCUACACCAAAUGGAAUUGAAAUGGAUGAUAAAAUUCUAAAAACAGCACAGAAAGUAAGCAAAGAAACAGGUGCUACUUUCCAAGUUUCACAUGACCCUAAAUUAGCUGCUCAAAAUGCUAACAUAUUAGUUACUGAUACAUUUGUUUCUAUGGGUCAAGAAUCUGAAACAAUUGCAAAAUUGAAGCAAUUUGAAGGGUUUCAAAUAUCUGAAGCACACACUGAAGUCGCCAACAAAAAUUGGAGAUUUAUGCAUUGUUUACCUCGUCAUAAAGAAGAAGUCACUGAUGAUGUUUUCUACUCAAAGAAUUCAUUAGUUUUCGAAGAAGCUGAAAAUAGACUUUAUGCUGCCAUCGCUGCUUUGGAAGUUUUUGUUGUUAAUAACGGUGACUUUUCAAAAUAG